AUGGCGCGCAAUUUUUUCCUGCUCUCUGUUAUAUUUUCUCUGGCUUCAUGUCUUGUACACGCCCACAGCCAUCAUGAUCAACUUACCGACGAAGAGAAAAGUGCCCCAGUGGACGCCAUCCUAUGGAUACAUAUCGUCUUACAGGCGCUCGUCUGGGGUCUCCUCUUCCCUGCUGGAAUGGUCCUUGGAAUAACACGGAGUCGAUGGCAUGUUCCACUCCAGAGUACGGGAUUUGCGCUGACGCUCGCCGGAUACGUCCUGGGCCACAAACAUAAAGGGAGAAUGUUCCUGAAAUCUGUCCAUGGAACCUACGCAAAUAUUCUUUUUAUACCAAUAUUCGCGCAGCUGGCCCUCGGUAUUUAUCUCAAACUGCAUAUACACGAGAAAUCGAUUCGUCCGUACAUGGUUCGGCUGCAUGGAGUGAUUGGAAAGGCGUAUCCGAUAUUUGGGUGGGUGCAAAUGGUAUUUGGAUGUGCUACUUUCCGAGGUUAUUGUCGCGGAGGACAUCUGGGACAAUGCCUUGCGCAUUACAUCAUGGGCGGUGGAUUCAUCGCCUAUGGCAUAAUCAUGGCCCUUCUAUUACUUGUUGGCGAAGCUUGGGUCAGGCGUAGUGGACGCAGCCCAGAAUGGUGGGAUUCAUGGGUUAUCAUGCUCUGGGUAAGCAUCCUCAACACCUUUACCGAACAUCAUGGUGGUGACUGGUCCGCCAAAGAUAUGCAACACACAAUUCUGGGAGUUCUGUGGUGGUGUGGUGGCGCUCUUGGUAUUUUCCUCGCUCGUAACAACCAGCGCAAUGUAGUGCCAGGAUUGAUUAUAAUCUUAACGGGCUGGGGAAUGUCUGAGCAUGCGCAGGCUCUUAUGAUCUCAACCAAAGUGCACACGAUGUUUGGCUACACCUUGAUGCUUGCUGGCUUCACUCGUAUCAUUGAAAUAUGUUUCUUCUCAAAUCACACGAAUUCUGAAGCUCCUGAGGAGGACGACAAUAACAGCGAGCAUACUAUUGCGGCUCAGAGCCCUCGCUUCUCCACAGGCAGUGUCUCGCUGUCAGAAAGCAGUCAGACUUCCGCAGCGAAAGUGUUCCGGCAUUUACCUCCCUUCAGAUGCUUCCUGACAGUUACUAGACUUCUCUUCAUGUCCGCUACUGACGAGGAAGUACAGUUUGUGCAUGACAGCGAGAUGGAUCAUGUAACUUAUAUCUUGAUUAUGUUCAGUUUGUCCUUCCUCCUAUACACGCUCAUCGUGUGGAUGAUCCAUCUGUACACCAUCAGUGGGCGAAAUGCGCCUGACGCGAAAAACGAUUCAAGCGACAGCAUGGAAAUGGCGUCAGGGAUGAGAACGAAAUGGUACUCACGCGUUCCGAGUGCUGAAGCAUCCAAUCAUAUCAUUGGUGAUGAGGAGGAUGACUGA